AUGCCAGUAAUUGGGCCCCCUUGGAUCACUGACGCUAAUUCCACCGAGAGAGAUGCAGUAGACAAAGUGGAUAUGAAAGAAGAGAAUCCGCCUCUGCUCCAGAAUCUCCCUCACGCUACAGACCCUGUUCUCAUCAAAACCGAUCCACCAGAGCUUCACCCUGCCUUCAUGCUCGAUGGAUCCGAUGCCAUUUACCCCCUUAGCCCCUAUGAAACAGAAAUUAUUUGGGUUUCCGUCGGUCCAGUUGGCGAACAGAGAACAUUCGGUGCUCAUUUGGGCAUCCUCAGCCAGUCGUCCUCCCUCAUCAGUAAGAUAUGUCCUGCAACAACAGCCAAAAGUCAUAGUCUAUCUUUAGACGAUACAAGUCCGGUGGUUUUUGAACUGGCCCUAAGGUUUCUGUAUACUGGAAACUACCAGGUUUGUUCGUAUAGCUCCACAAUCCUACCGACGCCAGAGGAUAGUGCCCUGUGCUCCGACAUCGGCUUGGAUUUUGAAAUCCAUUCUCUUGUCUACUGCUUCGCCCGGGAAUAUGCGAUAGACAGGCUUGCUGCGCUUGCCAUAGGAUAUAUCAAAAACAUGACGCAAGUUCCCUAUUGGAAUAUCCUUGACGUUGCGAAGAAGGCGUACCCAAAACUCCGCGAAGACGACGGAAAUGACAUGUAUCGAGCCAAGUUCAUGCAUGAGACGAGGCGCGCGAUGAAAAACAAUUUUAACCUUGUCCGGGAGACUUGGCUUCUUGACGUCUUUAAGAAUGAACAUGGCAAUUUGACUGUUGAUUUAUUCACAACACUAACCGAACCACUGGUGGUGGAAGAGAGCAAAUCUCUCGCUCUUGAAGACAAACAGUCAUUUGACGAUACCAGUGAGCAACAUCAAUUGGACGAACCGCUAAGUCCGUCCCAAACUGAUUACGAGAAAGGGAAAACGGUGCACUGGAAUGGUGAUGGGGGCGAUCAUGAACUUGCAAACCAUAUUCCAGAGCCACCCGCUGCCCCUAAAGAUGAGGGUCCUCCUCUUUCCCCGCCCCAGCAAACCAUAUCAAACCCAAACCCAGGUUUCCACGAAGUCGUAUACCGGGGAUAUUCGGAACAACCAGAACCAAAACUAGCCGGUCAGGAAUGUGACUGGGAUAUAUCGAUUGGAGCGAGAAAGUUUAUGAAAAAGAAGUACAACAGGAAGAAGGGAAAGAGGUUAAUAAAUGGUGAAGAAACAGAAACCUCGCGCUUAGCUACUACCGCGUAUCCAGAACCAGAAGCGGAGCCCGAACCUCUCGUCGAAACAUUGCCCUUAACCAACCAUUUCCCAACAGAGGAACCUACGCCAGAACCUCUGGACGACAAUUUCCCAGAUUUCCCAGCAGAACCUCCUCUCUCCCUCUCCCCCCCAUUCCACUCCCGCCACCAAUCCUCCCCCACUUUUAGACCUGGAGACUCGGAACCCACAACACCACAAUCACCCUUUUUUACCUCUAUGGACGGUGAGGACGAGGGUGGGAAGCCCACAGAAAAAUACUUCACAACCCCUUGCAGCAAGCGUAAGCAGCACCUGAAGUCUAUAAGUUACUGGAUCAAUUGUCCCCGUUGUAAGAACGAGUUGCGGAGUGUUGCGAGGGGGGCUUGCUGGGGGUAUUGA